UUUCGUUUAAUUUUAUAUUCAAUUUCGCCUUCGAAUUUGGUUUUCCUCAGCAUUUACUUUCUCGGGUUUUAAUCGAUCAAUCUUUACUGGGUUUUUGCAGAAGUAUUUGAUCUGAAGAAAACAAUUCAAUGGAGUGCGUAGUUCAAGGAAUCAUCGAGACACAACAUGUAGAAGCUCUUGAGAUUCUUCUUCAAGGUCUCUGUGGUGUUCAACGCGAACGUCUGAGAGUUCAUGAGUUGUGUUUAAAAAGUGGCCCAAGUCUUGGAGUUGUGCCCUCUGAAGUUAGGCUUUUAUGUGAUCUUGAUCAACCAGAUCCCACAUGGACUGUUAAACAUGUUGGAGGUGCAAUGAGAGGUCCUGGUGCUGAUCAAAUCUCUGUUAUGGUUAGAACUUUGAUUGAAAGUAAAGUAAGCAAGAACGCUUUGCGUAUGUUCUAUGCACUCGGUUACAAACUUGACCAUGAGCUUCUCAAAGUCGGAUUCGCCUUUCAUUUCCAACGGACCGCCAACAUAAGUGUCUCUGUGUCUUCUGUUAAUAAGAUGCCUAAAGUUCAUGCUAUAGAUGAGGCAGUUCCUGUUACACCUGGGAUGCAGAUUGUUGAUGUCACAGCUCCUGCAACACCUGCGAAUUACAGCGAAGUCGCUGCUGCGGUUUCAUCUUUCUGUGAAUUUCUCGCCCCGCUUGUUCACUUGUCGAAACCAUUUAUCUCCACGGGAGUUGUGCCAACCGCUGCUGCAGCUGCCGCAUCUCUUAUGUCGGAUGGAGGAGGUACUGCAUUGUAACCAGUUGGAUCUUGUGUUCUAUCUUGUCAGAUCUUUAGGUUCAUUGUAGUCAAUUUUAUUUUCUGAUCACACAAUGGUUGUGAAAUCUCCUGAAGCAUUAGAGUUGAAUAUUUAUUGAGUUAGGGCUCUUUGAAGAUAUUUGUUCUUCUCUCAACCUUUUGAUAGCAAGAUGUUGUUCCAUUGUUGUUACUAGACUGAAAGAUUUUGAAGCUUUGAUUUCAAGA